AUGGCCGAGGAGGAGACGAUCGAUCGAAACCCUUUACAGAAAGAUUACCUGAUAAAUCUGAACCUGAGCCUACAGUGGAACCGCUGGAUCCUCGAGCCGUUCGGCGUUUGGCCCAGAUCGUCCAAUAUUUCCAGCCUCAGACGAUGCUUUAACUGGCUGCGAAGAGUCGUCUCAAUCUUACUGAUAACAUUCAUCGUCGUGCCUUUCGCCGUGUACAGCAUGGUAGAGGUGGAAGACGCCUACAACAGGCUGAAACUCUUCGGCCCGAUGAGCUUCUUCUUGAUGGUGUACAUGAAAUUCUAUUCCCUGGUGAACAGCGCGAGCCAGUUCUGCCUGUGCAUGGAUCAGAUCGAGUGGGACUGGAAGAACAUGAAGUAUCCGAAGGACCGUGACAUCAUGGUGGCGAACGCGAACCUCGGCAGGCGAUUAGUGAAAACCUGUGUCCUCUUCACGUACUGCGGUUUCGUGUUUUACUACGUCGCCUCGCCGAUCGCCGUCGGCAGGGUCACCAUGGAGAACAUAACGUUCGUGCCGACGCCGUUCCCGGUGGCGAGACUGAUAGCGGACAUCCGUUACAGUCCCGCGAACGAGAUUUUCAUUUGCGGACAAUUCUUCUCCGGCUUCGUUCUCCACGGUGUCGCGAUCGGAGCUUGCAGCUUCGCGGCCGUGUUCGCGGUGCACGCCUGCGGACAGGUGGGCAUCCUGAUCGACUGGCUGGAACAUUUGACCACGGGUCGCACGGACAUGAGCGCGUCCGUCGACGAGAGGAUCGCGAACGUCGUGAGUCAACACGUUCGAGUAUUGAAAUUUCUGUCCAUCACAGAGGAAGCCCUGCAGCAAAUAUCUUUCGUAGAAUUCAUAGGAUGUACCUUGAACUUGUGUUUAUUAGGAUAUUACGUUAUAAGGGAAUGGGACACGAGCGUCGCCGCCUCUGUAACUUACUUCAUAAUAUUCAUAUCUUUUGGCUUCAAUAUCUUCAUAUUUUGUUACAUAGGAGAGCUCGUAUCUGAACAGUGUACCAAAGUCGGUGAAGUGGCGUACAUGAUUGAUUGGUAUCGACUGCGGGGGAAGAGGAAGCACUGCGUGAUUUUGAUAAUGGCGAUGUCCAACGCCUCGACGAAACUUACCGCAGGGAACAUGGUCGAGUUGUCGCUCAGCACGUUCGGCGACGUUGUAAAGACAGCGGUGGGAUACAUGAAUAUGCUGCUGGCAUUAACAUGA